AAAAAUAUCUGAAUACAAAAGGAAAGAAUUUUCAAUUAGCCCUAGCUCUACUCCAUUCUCCCUCUCUAUUCAUUGUUUUCUCUGCACUGCCUUCUUUCAGUCUCGCCUUUACUCUUUUGCCAUCAUUCUUUUCCCUCUCUAUUAUCCUCUUCUCAGAUUUAGGCUUACGGAGACAUACAUACCCACUGAGACUUUUAAAAUACCAUGGAUUUCGAUGUUGGCAUUCGCAAAGAACUCUGCAAUGGCAAUCAGCCCAACCACCCUCUCUUCUUCAGGUUACACAAAAUCUCUCUUUUGUUUUUGGAACGCCAUUGAGAAGCUUCCAACGUUUGAGAGAUUACGAUCGAAAGAGGAUGAUAAUGGAGACCAAAAGGACGAUGACGAUGAUGAUAAAGAAGCGAAGAAGAGGGUGGUUGAUGAUGUUACGAAGCUUGGAGCACAAGAACGACAUUGUUUCAUUGAGAAACUUAUCAAACACAUUGAGAGCGAUAAUCUCCGAAUCUUGAGAAAAAUCAGAAAUAGAAUUGACAAGGUUGGUGUGAAAUUGCCCACUGUAGAGGUGAGGUAUAAAUAUCUAAGAGUUGAAGCAGAAUGUGAGGUUGUUCAUGGGAAGCCUCGACCAACUCUAUGGAAUUCUUUUAAAAGACUGAUUUCUGGUUUGACAAAGAUUUCAGGUUUACGUUUAGGUAAAGCCAAGAUCAGCUUAUUUAAAGAUGUUAGCGGUGUCAUAAUGUCUGGAAGGUUAACUCUUCUGCUUGGGCCACCAGGAUGUGGGAAGACAACACUGCUGAAGGUUUUAUCAGUGAAUCUAGACUCAUCCCUUAAGUUAACCGGGAAAGUUUCUUACAAUGGAUACAAACUAGAGGAGUUUCUUCCCGAGAAAACUGCUGCUUAUGUAAGCCAAUUUGAUAAGCUCAUCCCUGAAAUGACAGUGAGGGAAACACUGGAAUUUUCAGCCCGUUGUCAGGGCGUUGGAAGCCGAGCUGAGAUUAUGAAGGAGAUCAGUAGAAAGGAGAAUGAAGCUGGAAUUGUACCGGAUCCGGACAUUGAUACUUUCAUGAAGGUUUCUGCCAGUUUAGUCACGGUGCAUUUGAUUGAUAAAUUGGCUGCUGGUGAUACUGGAAGUUUAUCUGUAUCAAUACUUCAAAAGAUGAGCACCAUGUCUAAAAAGCUUAGAAGUCAUCCUGCUUUCUCUAAAUUGUUAGCCCAAUAUUCACAGAGUGGUUAUAGUGAAGGGAAGGAACUAAAUAAUUUGAUACUAAGUGAUCUUUAUUAUCAUCUAGAAGGAGAGCUUGAAGGUCGUAAAAUAAGCACUAGACCAUUUAAAGAACUUUCUGAAUACCUAGUUGAUUCAAAAGUUAUGCACAAUUACCAAAAUAAGUAUGACAAUGACUUUCUUGUAACUUGCAAAGAUGUGUACAUGUUUGAUCCUGAGCGUGUACGGGCUGAUUUUGGAUCUGAUCUUUGGGACUAUCUAAAGUGGAAAACAUCUAAAGAGAUCACAAAAAGAAUGCUAUCUCAUAUGAUGGAGGCAAACUCUAUGGUGUUGCUUAGAAAUUCAAAGCUUGCUGCAUUGAAAUCCUUAAUAACUGUCUUAACUAUCUACGAGAAAGAUGUGAGUUAUCAGACUCUGAUUGCCUUCUGUUGCAUGUCUAAAGUGAAGUUUAGGGUCUGCAGCUGCUUUUCAUUAGUUUCAUUUUGAAAGUUAAAAAUUUUAGGUUAUCUAGUGUGAAAAUAAUACGUGUAGUCUAUUCAUAAUCUGCCAGAGUUUGUAGUAACUGAAAUUCUUUUCAUAUUUCUUUGCAUUGGGUUGAGGAUUCUACAGUAAUUUCUGUAUGUUUGUAAACACUACACAGUACUAUAUCAGUGUAAUUGACUGUGAAUAUGUAUCACUGUUUUGUAAUUACUUGUUAGUGCCCAAAUAACUUAAGGUCUUGAGUUUAGUACC